AGAGUCGAGCCUGCGCAGUCAGACGCCCCCUCUCCGCCCCCUUGCGUGGGGAGCACGCGCGCUCACCGCUGCGUCCCUCACUGACGCCGGCUCGUGCACUGCAGGGGGUGGGUGGCACGAGAGCGGCCGGCGCAGGCGCGCACAGAGAGGUUCGGAGCCGGGGAGGCGGUUGCUCCGCUGUGCCUCGCGGGCCCCCGCCCCGCCCCUGUCUCAGGCGAUGCUGGCGGCUGGGGCGAUGCUGAGGAAGAGGCUGAGAAGGGAGGCGGGGCCCCCCCGCCUCUCGCCCACCGGCUCCGGUUCGGAGCCCCGCCGGCUCGUCCCCUGCCCCUGAGGAGGCCCCGGGUCGAGCCGGAGGCAGCGAGCCAGCGGCCCCCUCCACGCCCCAUCUCCGUCCUCAAUGUCUCCCCCGCCGCGGGGAGGCUGCCGCCGCCUUGGUGUCCAGCCGCCCCGGCCCCCUCUCCGUAGCCGCCCCCUCGCCGCGGUUCCCUUCGGCCCGCAGCAGCAGCCGCCUGCGCGCGGAAGGAGCCCGGCCUCCCGCCUGUCACCGCCACCCGGCCGCCGCCAGCCCCCGGCGGCCGAGGAGCAGCGGAGAAGGCGGAGAGACCCCCGGGGAAGAUGAAGGGGGAAGCAGGAGACAACUCCAUGAUCAACCUGUCGGUGCAGCAAGUGCUGAGUCUGUGGGCGCACGGCACCGUGCUGCGGAGCCUCACCGAGAUGUGGUACUGGGUUUUCCUAUGGGCUCUCUUCUCCUCUCUCUUUGUCCAUGGUGCUGUGGGAGUGUUAAUGUUUGUGAUGCUGCAGAGGCAUAGGCAGGGGAGACUAAUCUCUGUCAUUGUGGUCAGCAUUGGAUUUCUGGGUUCUGUAUCUGGAGCAAUGAUAACCAGUGCAGCAGUAGCUGGAAUUUACAGAGUAGCAGGGAAGAAUAUGGCUCCUUUGGAAGCACUGGUAUUUGGAGUUGGACAGACAGUACUGACAUUGAUUAUCUCAUUUUCAAGGAUUCUUGCUACACUUUGAGACUUCUGUGAAAAAAGUCAGUUGAUAUAAGGAAACCUUUUGUCUGCAGAGAAGCUCCCUGAAAGUGGCUUCAGUGGCUGGAGGACAUGGAUUAGUGCAACAGGAAGCAAAUGGAACCUUUACUUCAAAUCUAGUUCAGUUAAAAGGGAAAGGACUGCCCUCUAGUGUCCACACUGUUGUACUACUGCUUUGCACCUUAUGUGCCUCAGUCACAGGGACGGUGCAAUUAAUAUAUGUGAAACUGUGAGAUAGAGCACCUUGAAGAGCUGCCAAUCAGGUUAACGCUUGAUGAUGAGAUCAUUGUUCUUAACAACGUUGAAAUACAGGGACAUUUCUGAAGAAUUGGUACAUGUGCCAAAAUUGAAGUUUAAUUUUUUAACUUUUGAUAGUGUGAACAUUUGAAGAUAAGUGCUGUGAAUAUAUUCCACAUUAAUUCAGGUAAACUAGUAAGGUACUUGCAUUUGUUUAACUGAAUCCUACUCGGUACUGAGUGUUACCCCAUUCAGCAUAUGAAGUAACCACUUGGUUUUUGAACUGUACAUGAGUAUUACUGGGAUUUAGGACUGCAGCAGCUCUCUUCAUAAAAUUAAUGUGGUUAGCACUAUAUGUAGGAGAUCUUAAGUGAAGAAAUUCUGUGAGGUUCACCACCUAUAGAAAAGAGAUUUAAUGAUUUUAUUUCUACAUACUUGGUAUUUUAUCAGUCCCAAAAUCAUCAAGCAGACUGAGAGUAAGGCAAACUAAGUACGAUCUAUUAUGUGUAUUGAGAAAUGACAUUUAAAUUAUUCCAUUAUUCAUAAAUUAUUUUGUUUGAAAUGUAGGUAUUCAUUAACCCUUCUGAAAAAAGUGCUUGCUGUUCAUCUUCAAGGAAAGAAGUUGUUUCCAGUGUGAUGUCAGAGAAGUUACUUGUUGCAAUUAAAUCUUCUUUCUAAUGAUAUUUAAAAACCAGAACCAGUCUUUAAUUCUGAAACAUCUAAUGUUUAAAACAUGGCCUAAUCUAGGCUCUGAAAAAGAAUAAAAAAAAAAACAAGUAAAGAAACAACAAAGAAAAUUGAAAAGGAUUUUGAGAAAUAUUUUUGUGUGUGGUACAUGAUUGUGCUGGUAUUCUGCUGAACAAAAAUGGUAAGUUUAAAGUUAAGAUCCAGCCCAUCAGUAUCAAAACUCGAACAAUAGUGUAAUGCAUGUACUUCCUCAUUUCUGAACACAUUUUAUCCUUGGGGUAAUUAGAUAUGUGGAGUUCUCAGAUAUUUUAGCUUUCAGUACACUUGUGUUCUUUCUACUUCAAAAGGAAAAAUGGUGAAGUGCAUGUAAAAGGCACAUACAAAAUGUUUCAAAGUGAAUAGAAAUUUUAAAACAUUACAGGAGUGCAGAAUUCAGAAGAGCCAAGAAGGUCUGUGUGAGGAAAGAGGGAAUCAUUCAUGUCCUGCUUCAAUGGAGUACUUUACAACAGUUGAAUAAAUGUGUGCAUAGAGAGGGACAGCUUAUGCACCAAAGGUGUUGCUAUCAUGAUGUCCAAGAUUAUUCCAGGCCUGCUGAAACAAUAGUACUUGCACCACUAUCAAAAGGACACUGUCACAAUGGUUACUUAAAAAUUACUUUGCUCACUAUUUCAAAAUACAGUAAAUUAAAAUCUGAUUUUAUCAUUAUUUUGUCCAUAUACAUUGGUUUAUCAAUUAUUAUUCAUAAUUGGUAGGCUGCUGAUAUUAAUAACUUUGUUCUUUAAAAACACUUACUUUUGUUUGUGGAAAAUAUGCAGAGCUACAUGGACUUUACAAACAUAGGAGAGAACACAAGUCAAAAUACAGGUUUAAGUAAUUUGGCUUUGAAUCUGCUUUUUU